GUCGCUGGUCAUCAGAUCAAUAAUUGACCUCAUAGACGGCGUAACGGCGGCGGCUCAGACAAUUGAAUUUAAGUGCGGGCAUAUGAACAUGCGGUGGCGGUGGCGGCAGCAGAGCGGCGGCGGUUCUGACGACGACUCGUGUGUAAUGCGGCCGGGAGAAGGCGGCGGUGGGGUUAUAAAUAAGAAGGCGGCGUUUUCUGGUAAGGGGCGGGGGCGCCGCCGCGGGUUCGGAGUGCACAUUAAAGAGCAAAAGGGGAGGCUGUUUAUUAUCAGGCGGUGCAUCGUUAUGCUAAUCUGCUGGCAUGAUUGAUUCAUUCAUUCAUUCAAUUCAUACAUACAUUUCCAGAUCUCCAGUACUAGCAAGGAGGAACUAGCGAUUCAAGCUUCAAUUCAAUUCAAUUUCCGCCUAUUCUAGCUUAGCUUCACAUUCUCUGUGUGUAUAUAUCAUCGGAUCAGAGAGGUGGAUGGAUCCAGUUCAAAUACUUGGAUUGAUGUGUUUUUUGAAUCUGUUUUUUGUCCGUGUUCAGCUGUUCUAGGCAUCUAGCUAGCUAGCAUUUCCUUUUCCGGAGCAGCUUAGUAAUUUGAUGAACAUGGAUUUCUGAUUGAUUUUAUUGGGUUUAAUUUCCCUACACUUUUCUAGCUCUCGUCCAUCCAGAUUGUGCGAGAUUUUAAUUUCUUGCAUCCAAUAUUGAUAUGUUUGGAGUUUCGACCGUUCGGGAAAAAUUAAAUCAUCAAACUAACCGUUUA